CGUCACAGCGUCACCUCCGCUGCGGAAGCUGUUGCAUGUAAACAAAGCGGAGCGAGCAGCAGCUGUCUGAUGGAGACAAACUGAGUUAAAUCAGAAAAAACGGAAAUGAAGUUUAGUUUGUUUGAUCCGGAGCUGACCGUUUGUGUGAUGGAGGUCCGCUCCGACUGAACCGGAACCAGCAACAUGUCCAUGGAAGACCCGUUCUUCGUCGUCAAAGGUGAGGUACAGAAGGCAGUAAACGCAGCACAGAGCCUCCAUCAUAGAUGGAGCGAACUGUUGCAGGAGGGGGGCGGAGCCUCCAAGGAGGAAAUGGACUGGACGACCAAUGAGCUGAGGAACAGUCUGCGCUCCAUUGAGUGGGACCUGGAGGACCUCGACGAGACCAUCAGCAUUGUUGAGUCCAACCCAAAGAAGUUCAACCUAGACGCGGCCGAGCUUUCGAAGAGGAAAGCCUUCAUCACCAGCACCAGACAGACUGUCAAGGAAAUGAAAGAACAGAUGUCAAGUCCAACUGCUCCUUCAGUGGACAGAAAGAACAAACAGGCUCUGCUCAGUGAGCGUGGUGCUCAGGGUCCGAUCUGGCAGCCUGGUCCUGAUAAAUACAGCAGACUGGACCGCCAACUGCAGAGUGCCAACUCUCAAUUUAUAGAGGAGCAGCAGGUCCAGCAGCAGCUGAUGGCAGAGCAGCAGGAUGAACAGCUGGAGCUUGUAUCGGGAACUAUUGGAGUCCUGAAGAACAUGUCAGAGAGGAUUGGCAUGGAACUGGAUGAACAGGCCGUAAUGUUGGAUGACUUCACUCAUGAGGUGGACAACACUCAGUCUAAAUUGGACAACGUCAUGAAGAAACUGGCCAAAGUGUCUCACAUGACCAGCGAUCGUCGUCAGUGGUGUGCUAUCGGUGUGUUGCUUGCAAUCCUCUUCACCGUCAUCCUCCUCUUCUUCAUCCUCUGAUUGAUGGCGUCUCCUGUCAGCACAGAACUCAUCUUAAAUCUGUCUACUGGACUCUACCGGACUCUGCUGAACUAUACUGGAUUCUACUGGACUCUAAUAGACUCUACUGGACUCUCCUGGACGCUGCCGGACAUUACUGGACUCUACCGGACUCUGCUGAACUAUACUGGCUUCUACUGAACACUACUGGACUCUACUAGACUCUACUGGACUCUCCUGGACGCUGCCGGACAUUACUGGACUCUACCGAACUCUGCUGAACUAUACUGGCUUCUACUGAACACUACUGGACUCUACUGGACUCUCCUGGACGCUGCUGGACAUUACUGGACUCUAAUGGGUGUUCUCGUCCUCCUGAAUUGGACUGAAAAGGCACUUUGAGUGUUUGUUAAAAUUCAUCACAGAGCUCAAAGGUCAAACCAGGCGGAACAUGUUUGAUGUGUUUUAAUGAUUUGUGUUUGUUUUAUUUGAAGGGCUGAAAAAAAUAUUUCCACUCCAGUUGAACUCUUCUUUAAAACCAAUUUAACUCCAGUUCAACUUUACUUAAAUACCAGUUUACCUGUACUUUAAUACCAGUUUAACUCCAGUAUAUCUAUAUACCUUCAGUGUUACUCCUUUUAAGUGUUUAACUCCACUUGAAUCUUAAAUUAAACUCCAGUUAAAUAUAAAGUUCAGUGCAAUAUCAACUCCAUGUAAACCCAGUUAAACUCUAAAUUUGAAGUCUGCUUUUAACUCCAUGUUUAUAUCAAUGUAUCCCUGGUUUGAUUCAGGUUUAAUCCUGUUUUGACUCCAGUUUAAUCUUGGUGUAAUUGGGGUUUAAUGCUGAUUUAAUACAGUUUUAGUCCAGGUUUAUUUUAGGUUUAAUCCUGGUUUUACUCCAGUUAACUUUGGUUGUUUAGUCUAAGGUUGGAGUUGGUUUAUGGUUUGUGGAAAAUAAUGAAAUAACACUAAAACUUCCUGUUUUUGUUUACAGUUUGCGUGUUUUUGUUUUACUGACUGAAUCUUUUUCUGAUGUUUAAUGUUUUGUUUCCUGAAACGGUUUAUUUUACUUUAUUUUAUUGUUUCCUGAACUGAUUGAUCGUUCUGCAUUUUAUAGAUCUGUGGAUUGUUAAACCACUUACUUCCUGCUGCUGCUUCACAAUAAAAGCUUUUCUCCAAUGAACCUCUGGAAGGCUUUUAAUGUAAAGCUGCUGCAGGAAGUGAGAUAUAAUAAUCAUGUGACCGGUUUUAGACGGAGCAGCCAAUCACGUCGUCCCACACCAUCAGAUUCACGGUACGCGUGGCGGUGAUGAAACGUGUUUCCUGUUACUGUUAACAAAAUAAAACAAGUGUUCAGAACUCUGACUGAUGAAAAUAAAAGUCAUUAAAUACAAAAUGUAUAAACAGA